AUGGUUGCAACCGCUAGCGAAGCCUGGGCUAUCGCCCAGAGAAUGCGCCGCGCAGUGCUCAAGGUCAUCGAUCAAAUUGAGAAGUCAGGUGCCGAUGGAAGUGGACUCGAUCGCCUCAAGGACGUGGAUAACCUGAUGGCAAGCUACCGCCUGGCCUGCAUCGAGACCCUGUGGUUUGAUAUUCAGUAUGCCGCCGACGAGAAAGUCGAGGUCGCCCUUUGGCAGACCCAUAUCUUUCUGAACUCGACAUAUCGGAAGCUGCUGAACAAAUUCACUCCGCAGCAGGUCGUGCUCAAGCGCAAGGUCGAGAAGCUCUACCUCGGCUACCUCAAAGUUUCCCAAUUCUUCUACAAAGGCUACAUGCAGCGCCUGUGCGCCCGCUAUAUCAUGCCGGAGCUUCAGCGCAUCGUCCAAGGUGCUGAGCUGGACAGGAUGUCGAUCCCGGAGGAGGAUCGUAUCGAUCCAGUUGCAGCUGGAAUCCGCCAUCCUGUCAUCUCUUCGUGCCACCUUACCCUCACGUACAUGGGGGACCUCUCCAGAUAUCGGAGUCUCGUCCGACCCCAUGGCCGCAACUUUGAGAGCUCCCUCACCUACUAUAGCCUUGCUAACGACCUGAUGCCGGACUCGGGAUAUGGCUACCAUCAGAUGGGCCUGAUUUUCCUCGAGCAGAAAAAGCAUGUGGAGAUUGUCUACCAUUUCUACCGCGCUCUGGCCGCUGCGAAACCGCACCCCAAUGCCAAGAGUAACCUUGACGUAGAGUUCCGAGACCUUCUCCGUCCGGCCACGCCGAGGGCUCACAGUCCUUUCGAUGCUUUCACGGCCUGGUUUGUCCGGCUCCACGCUUACUUCCACCGAGGAGAGGACUUCACCCAACGUGCCGAACUGGAGGAAGAAGUCCUUCACCGCUUUAGAAUGGCCUUGAAGGCUGAUGAUUUCGGCCCAACUCUGCUGAAGAUGGUUCUGAUCAAUAUCUGCGCCUAUCAAGUCGCCGAGGAGAAGAUCAAGGCUGAAUGGACAGCCACCGGCUCUCGGUCUUGCCAAUUUGUCCUUGGCUUCAAUGUUCGGACUAUUCACGUCAUUGCACGAGUCAUCAGAGCGGAACUCGUGGAUCUCAUUAAUCGGCAACCAGAGGUCGCAAAUGAUGAGGACGGAACCAGAGUUGCCGACGGCAGCCGCGACAAGUUCAGCACCGCACUUGGUGCCGGCCUACCACUCCUCCGUGUCUAUAUGACCUGGUUGUGUGCCUAUAGCGCAGACAUCGUACAGUUCCAGGCACACCUUGAGCCGCACGUUGGGGACAUGUACAAGACUCUCAGCCAAGCCCUAUCGGGUCUCUUUGAGCUGCUCGACGACAGUACGAACGUCGGUACGACGGCGCCGUAUCUCCUUCCAGAAGACAUUCAGACUCUUGGCUUGAAGUGCCUUGACGACCCUGGCCUCCCUGCUGCUUGCCGGCUGUGCAUCGACCCCUUCAAGCGCACCCAGAAGCCGCGGGCCGAAGAGUUGGGCAGACUGAACAUCAAACCCGAUGAUGUCUCUUUCACUCGAGCCCUGGACAUUGUCGCCUGCGCCAUGGCUUUGGCGGAAGACGCUGUGUUCCCCUUCGCCAUGUCCCAGGUCAAUAAGGGGUCUCGCGAGCUGACGCAGGUCAUCUUUCUGGAGGAGGGGAAGACAGGAACAAUUGGCGGUGGUCAUAUGGGAGUUUCCGACCCCGGCGACCCUGAACCAGCCAUUGGAGACUUGGCUACUAUGCUCAGCAAACUUCAGGCAUCGCCCAUUACGGCAGGUAUGGAAUCGGUCCCUCGUGGCACCUCUAUCGACGCUGGUGAGGAACGGGCUGUUUCCGGUACACGUUCCAAGACUGCUGCUGCCGUGCAUACGGCGCAGCACUUACCUGGUUCUGCCCAGGAUGCGGCAAGUUCUCUUCCUCAGAUGGCCACGGACACCGAGUACGCCAUGGACAGCCAAUUGUAUGGCAUUGUCAAUGACUUCCUCGCGCCCCCGGAGUCCCACUCACAGGAAGGCUCUCGUGGAAAAGACGAGACCUCAUACGGCAUGCAUUCUGAAACUGCCAAAGAGGUUUUCGGUUCAAUGGCUGCGGCAGUCAGCCCGGGUCCCGGCUCGGGUACGAAGAAGUCGUUCCCCAGUCUUCCCUGGGGUUACUUCUACACGCCCACUCCGCAGAAGUCUGGUCCGCCAGAAGGAGCUUCGCAGCAUGCCUGGGAUGACGCUCCUCCGCUCCGCCGCGGAAAGUCAACAGCACAUGGCGUCACGAUUCAAGGAUUUGAGGGCCUAGAGGACCCGUUUACUCUGGCCAAGGAACGUUACACAUCAAUGGCGUCGGCCUCUGGUGAACAACGGGCUGCGCCAGAACAGGCAGCCCAUCAUGGACUCGGAACACAAGGGCUCAUUUUCAAAGAUGGAUCUCGCCAGAGCCUUGCUGGGGCCGGCUCAAGCAGUGCCUGGAAUUCUGGUGCGGGUUGGAACUACCAGGGAACACAUAUGCCUGGACAGUUCAGCCUUGCAGGCCAGCCUCGACCAGCAUCGGUUCAGGCUCUCAGGCACAUGCAUGAUGCCAUGGCACCAGUGGGUGCCCCGUUCUCAUCUUUGACAUUCUCGGCGACCACUUCGAGCUUGCCUCCUGUCAACAGUCCCUGGGGCCUUCCGCAAAAUCCUCAUGGCAACGCCAACCAGUCUAAUGGCUUCGCCGCUUCUGAUAUGCCACAGUAUGGGCCACAUGCGGGUCUAUAUUCUCAAUCAAGCAAUGCGACCCAAUCCUCUGGUUAUCCUAACGGCCAUGGCUACAAUGCCCCAGCGCCGUACGGACAUGGUCAGUUCCCAGGCCAGAAUGACCCGGACUGCUUGAAGCACUUUGCGAAGGGAGCCGCGCUGGGUGACUCGGUGGCCGAAUCUGAAGCUCGCGAUUGGCGGACUCUGUAUAGUGCUCUUGAGGAGGAUUACAACAAGCUCAAGCGCUGA